UCCUCUUCUCCCUGUGAACUUUCCAUACCGCUGUCGCCAUGGCUUCAGCAGGCGGCCGACGAUGGCAGCAGUUUCUCCAGGAGAUGGUCAUGGUCGCUGGCACCUCCGCCUCCGCAUACUUCCUUAUCCGUUACCUCCUAUCGCGCCUUGACUUCGACCCUGAGAGCCAGAAGAAGGAGGAACAACGCAAGAAGUCCGCGGCCAUUCUGCGCAGGUUAGAUGGCGGAGAGGAGUCAGAUGAUGAAUCGUCUCGGCGCGCAACUGGCAAAAAGGGACGCAGGCAACGGCGAGGCGAGCUCACCUUGACCCAAUACGAACAAGCCAUCGCCAUGGAUGUUGUUGCGCCAGAAGAUAUCCGGGUCUCGUUUGAAGACAUCGGCGGUCUCGACCACAUUAUCGAUGAACUGAAAGAGUCUGUGAUCUACCCGUUGACUAUGCCUCACCUCUACUCCUCCACCUCGUCUCUCCUGACUGCGCCCUCUGGUGUCCUCCUGUAUGGCCCGCCUGGCUGCGGAAAGACCAUGCUCGCAAAGGCGCUGGCGUCCGAGAGUGGUGCCUGCUUUAUCAACUUGCACAUUUCUACGUUGACGGAGAAGUGGUACGGUGACUCGAAUAAGCUAGUGAAUGCGGUCUUCUCCCUCGCGCGCAAGCUCCAGCCCUCCAUCGUGUUCAUCGACGAAAUCGACGCCGUUCUUGGAACUCGAAGAAGUGGAGAGCACGAAGCAAGCGGCAUGGUGAAGGCCGAGUUCAUGACCCACUGGGAUGGUCUCACCUCGGCCAACUCCAUGGGCGAGCCGCAGCGCGUCGUCGUGCUCGGCGCGACUAACCGCAUUCAGGAUAUCGACGAGGCGAUUCUUCGGCGUAUGCCCAAGAAAUUCCCCGUUACACUGCCGCCCGCUCCUCAGCGUCUCCGUAUUCUCAGCUUGAUCCUCAAGGACACCAAGGUCGAUCGAGACAACUUUGAUCUGCACUAUCUGGUUAAAAACAUGGCCGGCAUGUCUGGCAGUGACAUUAAGGAAGCAUGCCGUGAUGCGGCCAUGGCCCCCGUGCGAGAAUUGAUCCGACAGAAGAAGGCCGAUGGCACACAGAUGACCGCGGUGGACCCUCAUGAGGUCCGCGGCCUUCGUACGGAAGAUUUCUUUUCUCAUGCUGGAGGUAUCAAGGUCAUCCCGCAGCCGUAUCCUACGCAGCCAGUGCCGACUGGUAAGAUCGUGUCCGAAAAGGACGAAGGAGAAUGGAGCACAGAGGAUGACGCAUCGGAAGCUGAUGCCCGCCCUUCUUUGGUGGCUGAGCCCCCAGAGUAA